CUGGCCAACACAAUACACAGGAGCUGCUUAGCCAGCUUCGGGGCCAUGCUGACAUCGCUCCCUGAGGACCUGGUUGCAGUUCCAGCGCCCCCAGGGUGGCCUGGAGCACUGGACUGUGCCGGCAGCUGGACGGAGCUCCCUGGCUGAGGGUUUGAUGAAUCAAACUCUUUGUCUGGGUGGGAUCUCCUCCAGCCAGCUGGGCAGAGAGGGCUUCCCCUGCCUGAACAGCAGGGCAGGGCAGCAGCAACAGCAGCAGCAGCAGCAGCAGCAGCAGCAGCGGGCCUCAGCCUUGGCUGAAGAGGCCCAGGUAGAGCAAAGGAGGAAUGGAAUGCGGGCCACCUGCAACCCUCCAGCCCCAUCUGGCUGGGCCACCUAGUACUGCCCGCCACCCAGUGGCCGUGUGUCAGCAGGAGAGUCUAUCUUUCAUGGAGCUGCCCACCCUACAGACCCUGAGCCCUGUGUGUCUGGACCUCUCUCCCGUUGCCUCUGAGGAGCUCAGGGCUCCCGGCAGCCGCUGGUCCCUGGGGACUCCUGCCCCUCUCCAAGGACUACUAUGGCCAUCAUCUCCCAGAAGCACAGAAAAUGAGAUCUCCACCAGUGGAGGAAUGAGGCCCAGCAGGGCUGGCAGCUGGCCCCACUGUCCUGGUGCCCAGCCUCCAGUUCUGGAAAGACCCUGGAGCUCUCAACACACACAGCCACAGCGCAGGGCCAGCCAUGGCUCAGAAAAGAAGUCGGCCUGGCGCAAGAUGCGGGUGUAUCAGCGUGAAGAGGCCGCUGGCUUUCCAGAGUCCAGGGCAGUCUUCCUAGAGCCUGGCCAGACUGCGCAGGAGCAGUCUCUGAGCACAGAGGAGCCCAGGCCCCUGGAGCUGUCCGGGACUCCUAGAGGGGUUCUUGAGGGACAUGAGCGAAGGCGUUUCUCAGCCUCGGAGCUGAUGACCCGGCUGCACUCCUCUCUGCGUCUGGGGCGAAGCGCAGCGACCAGGGCCCUGACUUCAGGGUCGGGUGCUGGUGUCAACCGGGAAGGAAAAGUGCCUGGAAGGGAGUCCAGAAGAGUAGAGGUGAGAGUGGACAGUGUGUCGCUGCCAGGACCUGAUGACCCAAGCGAGGGCCAUGGUGGCCGGCUGGAGCCCAGGUCCUACCUGCUGGAAGACGCACCUCAGGAUCCCAAGAGCGCCAAUGAGCGGCGCCAGUCACGGUUCCUCCUGAAUUCUGUCCUCUACCAGGAAUACAGCGACGUGGCCAGCGCCCGCGAACUGCGGCGGCAGCAGCGCGAAGAGGAGGGCCCCGGGGACGAGGCGGAGGGCGCGGAGGAGGGGCCCGGGCCGCCGCGAGCCAACCUGUCCCCGAGCAGCUCCUUCCGGGCGCAGCGGAGCGCGCGAGGCUCCACCUUCUCGCUGUGGCAGGACAUCCCCGACGUGCGCGGCAGCGGCGUCCUGGCCACGCUGAGCCUGCGCGACUGCAAACUGCAGGAGGCCAAGUUUGAGCUGAUCACUUCCGAAGCCUCCUACAUCCACAGCCUGUCGGUGGCCGUGGGUCACUUCCUAGGCUCCGUGGAGCUGAGCGAGUGUCUGGGGGCGCAAGACAAGCAGUGGCUUUUCUCCAAACUGCCCGAGGUCAAGAGCACCAGUGAGAGGUUCUUGCAGGACCUGGAACAGCGCCUGGAAGCUAAUGUACUGCGCUUCAGCGUCUGCGACGUGGUGUUGCACCACUGCCCCGCCUUCCGCCGUGUCUACCUGCCCUAUGUCACCAACCAGGCCUACCAGGAGCGCACCUACCAGCGCCUGCUCCUGGAGAACCCCAAGUUCCCCAGCAUCCUGGCUCGCCUAGAGGAGUCUCCCGUUUGUCAGCGGCUGCCCCUCACCUCUUUCCUCAUCCUGCCCUUUCAGAGGAUCACUCGGCUCAAGAUGCUGGUGGAGAACAUCUUGAAGCGGACAGCACAGGGCUCCCAAGAUGAAGACAUGGCCACCAAGGCCUUCACCGCACUUAAGGAGUUGGUGCAAGAGUGCAAUGCCAGUGUGCAGUCCAUGAAGAGAACUGAGGAGCUCAUCCACCUGAGCAAGAAGAUCCACUUUGAGGGCAAAAUCUUUCCGCUGAUAUCGCAGGCCCGCUGGCUGGUGCGGCAUGGGGAGCUGGUAGAGCUGGCCCCCAUGCCCGCGGCCCCGCCUGCCAAGCUCAAGCUGUCCAGCAAGGCGGUGUAUCUACACCUCUUCAAUGACUGCCUGCUGCUGUCCCGGCCGAAGGAGCUCGGGAAGUUCGCUGUUUUCGUCCACGCCAGGAUGGCUGAGCUGCAGGUGCGGGACCUGAGCCUGAAGCUGCAGGGCAUCCCAGGCCACGUUUUCCUACUCCGGCUGCUGCAUGGACAGCAUGCUAGGCACCAGCUGCUGCUGAGGGCCCGCACUGAAAGUGAGAAGCGGCGAUGGAUCUCAGCCCUGCGCCCCUCUAGCCCCCAGGAGGACAGGGAGGUCAUCAGUGAGGGAGAAGACCAUCCCCAGGUUCAGUGUGUCAGGACCUACAAGGCUCUGCAGCCCGAUGAGCUGACCUUGGAGAAGACUGAUAUCCUGGCCGUGAAGACCCGGACCAGUGACGGCUGGCUGGAAGGCGUGCGUCUGGCAGAUGGUGAGAAGGGGUGGGUGCCACAGGCCCACGUGGAGGAGAUCAGCAGCCUUAGCGCGCGCCUGCGUAACCUCCGGGAGAACAAGAGGCUCACAAGCGCCAGCAGCAGGCUGGAUGAGCCGCCUCCCUGACACCCCGGACUGGGCUCUGAGCACGUGGCAGGUCCUCCCUGUGUCUUGUCAUUGUCUCUUGGAGGCUCUGGCAAGAGCUCUGCCCUCCACUGCUGUGUCUUCACCCAUCCGACUCCCAGCACCCUGGCGGGGGGGCCGCUUCUACGCUAAUGAUGAGUCCUGGGGCCUGUGUGUUUCUGGAAGCUUUUCUGCUGCCUCCCUGGUGGCAACAGGUGCCUGGGGCCAGGACAGUCCAACAGAUAUGUCCUGUGUGGAGUCUGAGCUGUGACUCACACAGGCCUUUGCACAGGAGCGAGACCUGUGGGCUGGGUACCAAUUGGCAGCUUUCUGCUGCAAGUAGCAGUGUCAGAUGCAAGCAGGCUUGAGUAUUAAAGAGACUAUCUUGGUUCUUG